CUCUCCAGUAUCACACAGAGAGUCAGCAUGGAACAGUGGUUACAAUUUACAGUACUAGUUUUGUUAUUGGCAGCAAGUCAACAUUUCAUCAAAUCAGUGUACAGUCAGUGCGAUGGAGAGUGCGUACCUUUGGCGAAGUGUCGUAACAGCGACUUUGGCGGAAUCGGAAUUUUUAACGUGCGGAUUGGAGACGAUGCCAAUAACCAGACCGACUGCAAUCAUUAUUUAGAGGUAUGCUGUGACAAAGAUAAGGUUAUUUCCAAUAUUACUCGGCCAGUACAGCAAGAUUUUAAUAACACAAGAUCAAGGGAUGAUGAACCAAAUCCUUCGGAAUUUGAAAAAUGUGGGAAACGCCAGAUGGAUGGAGUUGGAUUCCGCGUAGUGUCAACUGAUAGAGAAUCACAAUUUGGCGAAUUUCCGUGGAUAGUGGCGUUGUUUUACCAAGAAACUGAACUUACUGACGAUUUGCAAUAUUUUUGUGGCGGUUCAUUGAUCUAUCCGCACGUAGUCCUAACUGCUGCUCAUUGCGUAAAUGAUCGACUAAACGAGAAACUUAUAGUCCGUGCUGGAGAGUGGGAUAUGAGAACUACAAAUGAGGUGCUACCAUAUCAGGAACGUGAUAUAACUCAAGCCAUUGUUCAUGAAUAUUAUAAUUCGCAAUUUUUGUUUAACGACAUUGCUCUGCUGAUUUUGGAAAAACCAUUUGAAGCAGAUGAAAAUGUGCAGCUUAUCUGUUUACCACCACAAGGAUUGACUUUCGACAGUGAUGAGCAAUGUAUUGCAAAUGGUUGGGGCAAGGAAAACUUCGAUUCAGUCUCCAAUCAAGUGAUUUUGAAGAAGGUUGAACUGCCGGUUGUUACUAACAAAGAUUGCGAGGCAGCCCUAAGAGAGACGCGCCUCGGAAGAAGUUUCAGGUUGCACGGGUCUUUUAUGUGUGCUGGUGGUGAAGAGGACAUUGACACGUGCACUGGCGAUGGAGGUUCACCACUGGUUUGUCCAAUGCCAGAUGAAGUAAAUCGAUAUUAUCACGCAGGUAUCGUUGCAUGGGGAAUUGGCUGCGGACAGACUGAUGUUCCUGGAGUUUAUGCGAAAACAAGUCUGUACACAAACUGGAUAGAGAAUAAACUAUCGGAAUUAUAAGCUUUUCUUGUUAAUUCUAUACGAAUUGGGUUCUAACUGCAAUAAAAAUAUAACUAGCAUU